CUCACAUCGUCUCUUAUGUUCAAACCAAGCAGCAUCUGCGUGGCGAUGUACUCCCGCGGAGACGGCGAGACGUUCCAUCAGUGCGUCGUCAUACCCACUCAAUCGACGGGCCAAAAGAGUAAAAAGCUGCACGCCACGAACUUGUCGGGUGGUUGGGUCUACGAAGUCAUUGAAGAUGAUCUUGACAAAGCUCUUGCCCUUGUCACGGUCGUUGAGCUCGGCAUGCUCACACCCGAAAGGACAUUCGGACAGCUCGAUGAGCUACUCCGCGACAUCCCGCUGAACUUGUCUUCCGAGGACCUCGACACCGGGGAAUUCGAAAGGUUUGCUUGUCGUGUUUGGACCAGACAAGCUAUCCGUUACAUGGUUCGGAAGGGUUUUAUACUUUGCGACGAUGCAAAAGCUGCACAUGAUGAGGUCGUUCAACGCGCUUUAGAGAACGACGCCGCAGUCUCCACUGGGACCGGCAAAUUCACAUACUGCGUCUCGAGCUACUGUACCUGA